AUGGUUAAGGAUAUUCCUUUCAUAGGUUUAUGUAUACUAACUUUGAGUUUAGUUUUUCUCCUCAAAAAAAUCCUCUCAAAAAGUCAAACAAAAAAUGUUCCAAAAGGGUCUCUUGGAUAUCCUAUUAUUGGAGAGACACUUGGUUUUCUUAGAGCACAGAGGCAAGACAAGGGCUAUGAGUGGAUGCAAGAAAGAGUAUCUAAGUAUGGUUCUGUCUUUAAAACCUCCUUAAUGGGUUCUCCAACAGUGUUUAUUAUUGGACAACAGGGAAACAAGUUUGUUCUUGGUUCCUCGGAUGAUGUUAUUUCUUCUAAGAAACCCAUAACUCUUCAAAAGAUACUUGGAAAGCAAAGUAUAAUUGAACUUGUAGGAUCAAGGUAG